GGGGUUAUAUCGAAUCCGCGUCCUCGUUCGAGCGUGGAAAAGACUCGAGAGUUGCGAGAAAGACGAAACCAAACGUAAUUCCGAAACCAGAAGCCUGAAGAAGAAAGCUCGUUUUUCUUCCAUCUUUCUUUAUUUUUUCUUCUCUUUGUGACGCAAAAGGGCAGAACUUACUCCAAAAUGGCGAUUCAGUCCUCCUCUGCCUCUUCUAUUCUCUGCGCUUCCUUUAGUCAAGAUAACAGAGGCUUUUCCAUAGGCACGAAGGAUGGAUUCAAGAUCUUCGAUUCUGAGAGUGGAAGACUGUGCUACGAAAGAUCCAUUGGAGCAUUUAGUAUUGUGGAAAUGCUAUAUGGCUCAAGUCUUCUUGCUGUAGUUGGCGCAGGGGAGCAGCCAUCAUUAUCCCCACGUCGGCUUUGCUUGUUCAAUACUCGGACCGGAGCUGCAAUCAAAGAAAUGAAUUUCUUGACGUCAAUCCUUGCUGUUCGAGUAAAUAGAAAAAGGCUUAUUGUCAUAUUGCAAGAAAAGACAUACAUAUAUGAUCUAAACAAGCUUAAGAUGCUUGACGCAAUAGAUACCGUGCCAAAUACAAAAGGACUUUGUGCAUUUUCCCCUAGUUUGGAUGGUUGUUAUUUGGCUCUUCCAGCAAGUACUACCAAAGGGUCUGUUCUUGUAUAUAAUGUAAUGGAACGACAUUCACAUGGUCAGAUAGAUGCCCACCGCUCACCAUUGGCUGCAAUGGUCCUUUCUUCAAAUGGCAUGUACAUAGCAACAGCUUCUGAGCAGGGAACAAUAAUCAGAGUACAUCUUGUUUCACAAGCAACUGAGCAGUCGUAUAGUUUCCGAAGAGGGACAUACCCAUCAACUAUUUAUUCCCUUUCAUUUGGACCAUCUUUGCGACUUCCAGAUAUUCUUAUUGCCACAAGCUCUUCAGGCUCUGUCCAUGUCUUUUGCCUUGGGUUACUGAUAAAUCAAAGAAGCCAGAGGUCAAAUAGUCUGCUUGGCUCAAUGAUCCCCGACUCAAUAAGUGAUGCCUUCGAAUCCGCCCAUCACCAUGUGCGUCACAAUGCAGUCCCAGCAGGAGUCAAAAGCUGUGCAAUGAUUCACAGUGUGGAGAUAGUUACCAGUACCUCUCCAACAUCCCCAGCUACUGCUUCUAGGGUUUCUAUGUUCAUUAUCACCUACAACGGAUACUUCCAGGAAUACAGUUUAAGCAUUAGUCAGAUGAAUGAACCUUCUUGGAGUUUGGAACGCGAAUUCAAUUUAUUCAGAACAGCUUCAGAUACCAUGAUAGACUCAUAACCAGUUGGUAAGCAUUAUAGGCGUAUAACACGGCUGAAACAUACCAAAAGAAAUAGAAAAGAAGAAUUGAGGCUCUGUCCAGAAGCAUGCAUGAUCGAGCAGUUAAGAUUCUGAACUGCCGUCAUUUCAUCCCUCAGCUAUUGAAAUCAGCAUUUUCCUCAAACCCAUAUGUUGGUGUUCUCUAAAAGGAAAGGUUACAUUCAAGAGAAGUCCUGCAGGUUGCAGAUGCGAAGAGGGAUUAUUUACUAAUAGGGAGGCAUUUGUUCCAACCCCAUUUAUUUAAUGCAUGCACCACUUUUUUCAACUUCCAGUAGUAGAAGAGUACCAAAAGCCGAAAAUUGGGUGUAAAUAUCAUUUCUUAAUCCUUAGGUUUUGUGUAUCAAAUAACACGGCUUGUAAAUAUAAUUCCUAAUUAUUCUGUUUGAAAUGUGCAUAUUUCAAAUCA